AUGGAGACGCGUGGCUCUAGUCUGCCGCUUAGCUCCUGCAGCCGCCGGCUCAGCUGCAGCGGGUCUUGGGCUGCCCCGGGCCGCAGGUGGCGGCCGGGAGGGCGGAUGGACUGCCGAGGGACCAGGGCGUCCGGGUACGGGUACGGUGAGGAGGGCGGCGGCGACGAGGAGGAGGAGGAGGAGGAGGAGGAGGAGGAGGAGGAGCGAGAGGGUGGCACUGCGAGCUCGCAGAGAGCGAAACUGCCCCCCAUCGCUGACAAAGCCUCAGAACUGGGCAAACGGAAGGUGAAGAAGAAAAAGAAGAAGAAAACCAAAGGGUCGGGCAAGGGGGACGAUAAGCAUCAGAGUCGCGGCCUGAAGCAUCAGCAGCUGUCCUCCUCCUUCCAUGACAUCUUAAGUCCCGGCAGAGAUCAUGGCCCCAGGCCAGAGCGCAAGGCGGACAAAGCUGAGGGCAAGCCCGCCCCCCAGUACUCCUCCACCCGAAGCCUCCGCCCCGUCGCCGAGAUGGAAGAGCACCUGUCGAAGCAGGUCAACGAAAGCCUGCGCUGGGACGGCAUGCUCGCAGACCCGGAGGCAGAGAAAGAAAGGAUUCGCAUAUAUAAACUGAACCGCAGGAAGCGGUACCGGGUCUUGGCCCUGAAGGGCUUCUACCCCGACGCGUGCGCAGAGAGCCCCGGGGGCCGCCCCUGCCUCCCGGAUAAAGACCGCGGCCCCGACGGCAGGAAAGCCGACCGCCCGGGGCCCUUCGAAGGCUCGCUCGCGCGCUCUGACGCGGCCGCCGCUCUGCCAGAGUGACCUCCACCCCCGCCGCCCCGGGCUUGCGCCUUGUCCUCACCACAGGUUUACGUGUUAAAAAAGAAUAAUAAAAGGAAAUCAGAGCUCCG